GGAGGGCCCUAGCCCAGCGUGCGGCCAAUCCGGGCGGGCGCUGGCGGCGAGCAGGGCAGAAUGGGCUGUAGUUUAGUGAAAUAGGAAAGCUGCAAACAGUGUGGAGUGUUCCUGGUGUAAAUAAAAGGGGGGAAAAAAAAAGUUUCUUCAAGUCACAGCUCUACGGCCUCGCUCAGACAGUGGCACUGGGGUUUGUGCGUUGCCAAAAACCAACACAUUGGACUUUAUUGUGCUGCAUUAACACGCUCUUCCUAUUGUUUGUGUUUUUUUCAAAAUAUGGCAAAGGUUCAGGUGAACAAUGUAGUGGUGUUGGAUAAUCCUUCUCCUUUCUACAAUCCUUUCCAAUUCGAAAUCACAUUUGAGUGCAUAGAGGACCUGUCUGAAGAUUUGGAAUGGAAAAUAAUUUACGUGGGUUCAGCUGAAAGUGAGGAGUAUGAUCAGGUGUUAGACUCUGUUUUAGUAGGACCUGUUCCUGCGGGCAGACACAUGUUUGUAUUUCAGGCUGAUGCACCUAACCCAGGGCUUAUUCCAGAUGCAGAUGCAGUAGGUGUAACAGUUGUGUUAAUUACAUGCACCUAUCGAGGUCAAGAAUUUAUUAGAGUCGGCUACUAUGUAAACAAUGAAUAUACUGAAACAGAACUGAGAGAGAAUCCACCAGUAAAACCAGAUUUUUCUAAGCUUCAAAGGAAUAUUUUGGCAUCUAAUCCCAGAGUCACAAGAUUCCACAUUAACUGGGAGGACAACACUGAAAAACUGGAAGAUGCAGAGAGCAGUAACCCAAACCUACAGUCACUGCUUUCUACAGAUGCAUUACCUUCAGCAUCAAAGGGGUGGUCAACAUCAGAAAAUUCAUUAAAUGUUAUGUUAGAAUCUCAUAUGGACUGCAUGUGACUAACCACCAUCAUUUUGGUACUGUACAUGUGUUAAACUGUAAAAAUAACCAGAACUAUUUCUCUCAAAUUCCAUAAGUACAUAGUUGACAAGCAAUGUGAAGAACUUGUUUUAAAACAUCCUGUAGAAAGUUUAUAAAGAAAACAGUAUUUGAGCAAAUUGUGGAAUAUAAAUACAACUAUUUUUAAGUAA